UGCUAUGGGCCCGUUGCUAUGGGCCCCGCGCCCCCGGAAGUGCCUUCUGCUUCCGGGUGAGCGGCAGCAUGGAGGCGCAGGAGCUGUUCCGCCGCCUGGGCGCCGGGGCCCGUUUCGACGUGCGACGCUUCGGGCGCGACGCGCGGCGCUUCGGGGUGAUAAAGGGGAGCGGCGACGGCGGCUCGUCGGAGGGCCUUGACUUCUUCGGGAGCAAGGAGGGAGCCCCUCGGGGGUCUGCGACGGGAGCUGGAGCGGCAGAGCGAGAAGGCUUGCAGGAGGAGGAUGGAGCGGGGAAAAAAGGCGUGGAGGUGCUGGGGAAGAGGAAAAGAACGGCAGAAAAUGGAAAAGGGAAGAGAAAAAGGAAAAAGAUGCAAGAAGCAGUGUCAAUGCCAGAGCUCUCAGAAAACAGUGGAAUAAUGUGGAUGUCCUCUCUGGAAGCAAAAAUCAAAGACACGAAAGACAAAAAACCUACCGCGGAAAAGCUUGAGCGCUUGAGAAGAGAAAAGAUAAACCGUUUCAGAAAUCAACACAGGAUUAAUGUUCAAGGAACAGAUCUUCCUGACCCAAUUGCCACGUUUGAACAACUCCAAAAGGAAUACAAAAUCCACCCCAAAAUCAUGGAGAAUGUUCAAGCUGCUGGCUUCCAGGUCCCAACGCCAAUCCAGAUGCAGGCCAUUCCCGUCAUGCUUCAUGGGCGGGAACUCCUAGCUUCUGCUCCUACUGGGUCUGGAAAAACACUGGCAUUUUGUAUUCCUCUCUUAACGCACCUGAAACAACCGAUGAACAAAGGAUUCAGAGCUCUGAUCAUAGCGCCUACCCGAGAACUUGCUAGCCAGACACAUCGGGAGCUGGUGAAAUUGGCUGAGGGGACAGGCUUCAGGAUACACAUGAUCCACAAGGCAGUUGAAGCAGCAAAGAAGUUUGGGCCCAAGUCAUCAAAGAAAUUCGAUAUACUAGUUACUACUCCAAACAGACUCAUUUAUUUGUUGAAAGAGGAUCCUCCAGCAAUAGACUUGACCAGUGUGGAGUGGCUGGUGGUGGAUGAGUCCGACAAACUGUUUGAAGAUGGGAAGACAGGAUUCCGAGACCAGCUGGCCUCUAUCUUCCUGGCGUGCACGUCCCCCGUGGUGAGAAGGGCCUUGUUCAGUGCAACCUUUGCACGCGAUGUGGAGGAGUGGUGUAAACUCAACCUUGACAGUGUUGUUCUGGUGUCUGUUGGAGCAAGAAACUCUGCAGCGGAGACAGUAGAACAAGAGCUGUUGUUUGUUGGAUCUGAGACAGGAAAACUAACAGCAAUGAGAGAGCUUGUUAAAAAGGGUUUUGCUCCUCCAGUCCUUGUUUUUGUGCAGUCUAUUGAGAGGGCUAAAGAGCUUUUCCAUGAACUGAUUUAUGAAGGCAUCAAUGUGGAUGUCAUCCAUGCAGACAAAACUCAGCAACAGAGAGAUAAUGUAGUACACAGUUUCCGAGCUGGGAAGAUCUGGGUGCUCAUCUGCACAGCCUUACUAGCUCGAGGGAUUGACUUCAAAGGAGUAAAUAUGGUCAUUAAUUAUGAUUUGCCAACAAGUGCGGUGGAGUACAUCCAUCGGAUAGGUCGCACUGGAAGAGCAGGGCACACAGGAAAAGCAGUCACUUUCUUUACAGAAGAUGAUAAACCUUUAUUACGAAGUAUAGCUAAUGUUAUUCAGCGAGCUGGCUGUCCUGUGCCUGGCUACAUAAAACACUUUCCCAAACUUGAGAGCAAGCAAAAGAAGAAAUUCAUUAAGAAACCACUAACGAGAGAAGCAAUUUGUACCACCCCUCAGUGCUUCUUAAAGAAGGAAAGUAAAAAGAGAACUGCAAAGGAGAACGCUAAGGAAAAAAAGAAAGCUAAUGAAGCUACAGACGCUGGUAACUUAAAGACUGCUUCAAAAAGCUGAGCAGUGACUGCUCUUGAGCUGGGACUGAUGCCCCAGUCCAUGCUGAAGAACAGAAGAAUAAAGGUGUUGGCAAAGGGGAAGGGAAAUGUUUACAUGCAAGGAAGUAUCUACUGAACUGCCUUUAGAGGAUUCCUGAAUGCUUCUUAUAGAAGCUGAAGAAUGGGGUCUUGACGUAAAUAACUUUUCUGAACAGUAGUUCAAAGCUAACGUGUUACUGUCACAUAGUUUUGCAUUGGUAGUUGAAAAUAUUGUCAGUUCUGUGUUCAGGUGAUCCCUAAUAAAUUUACAGAAGACAAAAUGAACUUUUUUUUUAUAAAACAGACAAAAAAAAAAACACCAUGUAUGUAGGUGGAAGUAAAGUCUCGUUUAUACUACUUCUGAAAUAUCUAAUAAGCAAAAAAUGAUUGUUUUUUACACGCCUGUAGCUCUAAGUAACUUUGUUAUUUCAUAUUUAAGCCUCAGAACAGAAUAAAUAAGGUCACUGAAUACUUUAA